AUGACAAAAAAUCUAGAUAUUUUGUUUAUGACUGAAUAUAUAGAAAACGUAUUAUAUUUCGCAACAGUAAGACAAGGAAAAGUACUCAAAAGCACUAGUGAAACACAUUUUUUUUCAAUUGAUAACGAACUGAUAUACGAAAACUACUACGCUGAUUUCGGACCUUUGAAUUUAGGCUGUGUGUACAAAUAUUGUAAAACACUUGAUGAAAAAUUAAAAUUAUAUCCAAAUAAAUAUAAAUGUAUAGUGCAUUACACAUCUAUGGACCCCAAGAAGAAGGCCAAUGCAGCAUAUCUUUUAGGUUGUUAUGGUGUUUUAUAUCUAAGUUUACAACCAAAAGAUGCCUUAAAACCAUUAAUGGUACACGGACAAAGUUACAGACCAUUUCAAGACGCAACGCAAGGUGAUUCGUCAUACACAAUUUCAUUAAUGGACUGUCUUCAAGGAUUAGCUAAAGCGCGUGAUUUGAAAUUUUUUAAUUUUCAAGACUUCAAUUACGAUGAAUAUGAAAAAUGGGAUAAAGUUCACGGCGGUGACUUGAAUUGGAUUGUACCUGGCAAGUUUUUAGCAUUUAUUGGACCUGUGGACUACAGUGGAUAUCUUUAUCAUCCACCUGAAAUGUAUAUUGAUUACUUUCACGAAAACAAUGUAAAAAUUGUUAUAAGAUUAAAUAAAAAACUCUAUGAUGCUAAGGUAUUUUUAGAUGCUGGUAUAGCUCACUAUAAUCUUUUCUUCCCCGACGGAUCGUGUCCACCGCAGCAUAUUCUGUUUAAAUUCUUACAACUAAGCGAAGAUAGUGAGGGAGCUAUUGCUGUACACUGCAAGGCAGGUUUGGGUCGAACUGGUUCUUUAAUAGGAUGUUAUUUAAUGAAACACUAUCGUAUGACUGCUCACGAAGCUAUAGCGUGGAUGCGAAUAUGUAGACCAGGUUCUGUUAUCGGACAUCAACAGGGUUGGUUAGAGGAAUUGGAGUCAUGGCUAAUAAAACAGGGCAAUUUAUAUAGGAGACGAAAAUAUCAAGAUGUGGAUAAGGUGCCAAUACACGAAUUUGGCAUAUAUUCUAUAGCGGAGAAAACUCAUAGAUACAGACCUGUGGUGUUUAGUAAAUCGCCCUCACCACCUCCACCAUUACAAAGGCUGACACACUCGGAAGUGGCGUCACCAGUACGACCACAAGCUUCCAGAACACGAGAAGAUAAUUCUGAAAAUUUCGAAGACGAAAAAUUUAUUACAUCAUGUGAUUUAACCGUUAAAACAUCUGAGCGAAAUAUGACAAAAAUGAAAGGCUGUGUUAUAAAAUGUAACACGAUCAGCGAACAGUCUACUAGCCAAUAUGGUUCUGAAGAAAAUAUUUCCGUUUGGGAAAGAUACUUAUGUUGCAAGCCGUUUCCUAGUAAGACAACCGAAAAGAACCAGGGCGGAUGGAAUGAGAAGGUGAAUAUUGAGCACAAUAUUAAAAGAGGAAGUUCAAGCGGAUAUAGUCGUGCGGGAUCCAGACGUGGUAGUGGUUGUGGUGAACCACCGUCUAGAGCACCAACCCAACCUCUACAACGCCGUCGUCUCGGACGGAGUCCAAGUCCGGCACCGAAUAGAACAGUGCUAGAACAGUCUCGCGCUACUAACACAACCUCUCAUCCAGAAAGUUACCAAACUAGAAACUCGACUUUACAGGAGGCGCUAUCGAGAUUAAAAUUAUCGGUUCCUCGUAACGGUUCUAUCGGAGCCGCAUCGUUGGGCGCUCAGCGUGAUGCGCCUGUAGAGCGAAAAGCGCCCUCUGUUCGCUCGGAUGACAGACCACUUGCGACUCAAGGAGACAUGCUCAACAGUAUUAAGUUUCAAAGAAGACUGCGGGAAAAUAUAACUUUAGAAAGACAUGGCAAUAAAUCAAAUGAUAAAGCUAGGUAA